UUUCUUACCACUUGCGACGCCCGGCUCAGACUGUCCACGUUUCUACGAGGUUAUUGAUAGUAACCAGCUACCGUCUCCUUGUCCAGGGGUCCAGAUCCAGCACCUUCAGUGUGGUACCGAUCAGAUCCUGAAAUCAAAGCACGGUCUCCUGGGAUAAUUAGUUAAUUAAUCGGAUUAUCGCCAUGCCAGCGUUCCAAAAGUGGACGGUCUCUGAGCCGUACAUCGACAUCGCAGGAACCCUCCUGGAGGGCCCGUUCCAUGACGAGCCCAGGAAUGAGUUCCGCUUUGUCGAUAUCUGGGAGCAGAAGCUCUAUGUGGUGGACUUAGCGAAAGGGCCAGACUCUCUGAAGACUUUUGAUACGUCUGCUUCAAUCGGGGUAACAGCCAAUAUCAAAGACUCUGGUGAUGCCUACAACAACCAGAUAAUCGUAGCUGCGAAGCAUGGAUAUGCUCUUCUCGACCGCGCUACGGGCCUGCUCUCGUACAUCUCUAAGGCUUGGGAUGAUCAGAAGGACCCCGAAAAAGCUCACAGAAUGCGUUUCAAUGACGGGGCGGUCGAUAGCCAUGGGCGAUUCUGGGCAGGUUCCAUGAAUGAUCCCAAGGUGCAGUCCCCGGUCAACGAGGCGAUUCUCUUCAGGCUGGAUCCCGAUAUGGGCUUGCACCGUAUGGUUGAAGGGCUGACCAUCCCCAAUGGGAUUGGUUGGAACCAUGCGGAUGAUACUAUGUACCUGACUGACUCGCCCACUGGAAAAAUUUACGCGUUUGACUUCAAUGCCCAAACCGGAGAGAUCAGCAACCGGCGAGUCCACUUUGACCUGGGGGAGCCAAAGGAGCCAGAUGGCCUUGCCAUCGAUGCGGAAGGCUGUAUCUGGAGCGCGAUUUACGGAGGUGGUAAAGUCAUUCGCAUCUCGCCGGAAGGGAAGGUCAUCGGUGAAGUGUCGCUCCCCACGAGAAACAUCACCUGUCCGGUAUUUGUGGGAACCGAAUUGCUCAUCACGACCGCCAAGGAUGACACCGACGAUGAGCAGUUCCCGAACUCAAUCCGGUAUGGAGGGCGAGUCUAUAAGGUUGAUGUGGGAAUCAGGGGCAAGCCCAGGAAUGAGUUUCGAUUCCCGAACUGAUUUAUGUGUGACAUAGUUAGGUGUGUAGGGGAGAAGGCAAUGCCCGCACAGCGUGUAAAAAUCUCCUACCCAGCGUCGCCUUGUAGUAUCCAUUUGUUGGGAAUGGUCCAGGUUACCGGACAGGUGGUGAUUGAGUUAUGCUUGUCGGGGAUGGAUCACUCCCUUGUCGUUGAAACAAGGGAUUUGGAUUGAGAUUUUCUCCCAGCUGAAACCCGAGUUGUUGCCCAAAAGAGCCGAUGGAUGGAUCGAGUUGAACCUCCACAGAAGCUCAUCGAGUCAUGUGCUACCGGCAUAUUUGUCCCUCGAACUAUUGGACAGACUGUCAGCCGUGUGUUACUGGAAUCUUGGCGUAGAAGCAUAUUCGCCGAAGUAAUCCCUUGCAGUAGUCCAUGUAUCAAGAUGAGGCGAUGAAGCUGACGAUGUUUGCUGAGUGGACAUUGCAGAUGCUUGCUUUAGGCCCGGGAGUGACCGCAGCCUUGAGACGGCCCAAUGAUGGGAGAGCAGCAAUGCAC